GAUUGAUAUUAGGUCUACGUGAACAUGAAGAGAGUUCAGACGAUGAUUCCGGCACAGCCCAGUGUCACAUCCAGAGCAGCACAAGUCAAAAACGACAUGGACACCAAGAAAAACCAGCACAGGUCACUUAAAGUGCCAACUACAAGAUAUGGGCAACAAAAUGACAUGAGGGAGCAGAAUCGAGUUUUGAUUUCAGCAAAUGAAGACCUGCACAAGCAGCUUGAAGAAAUGAAGGACACUGUGACAGAGCUGGAGCAAAGAUGCACAGACCUCCAAGGAGAAAAUCGAGAAAUUCAAAAACAGCUGCGGGACUGUCACAUCCUCCUAGUAGCAGAAAAGCUUGACCCAGUUUCAGGGGAAAAGUUGGGCCAGACCGCAGAAGACAAGGAAAAACAAAGAAAAGAAGUCAUGACCGUUUCUCAAAAUCUCCUGACUGAGCUGAAACUGCUUGGCGAGACGGCGCAAGAGCAUGCAGCAAAUUUACUGGAGGUGCAGAACACCAUGAAGGAUCUGACGGAAGCCCAUGAAAAGCUCCAGGAGGAGAGGACAUUGUUCACUUCCGAUGUGGAGGAAAUGGAAAGAGCUCUGGAAGAGGCAGAGAGACUCUUGAUGGAGUAAUUGAAAGAAACUCGUUGCCCCG